CCCAGAUCACAAGUCACGUUAUGACAGAGGACUUUAAAGCCACAGUUGCCAAGCAAUCUAAGGACACGCUGAGAAGUGACUGUCGAGGUAUGGGUGAAACAGACGUUGUUGCUAGGAGUCGUGUAAAGAUUAACGCCAUGAUGUCCAACCCCGGAGAUGACGUCACUGAUAGUGGCGCGCCGUCCUGUAUGUUCGAUGCCGACAUGGAAACCACCAAGAAGCGCGGGACAGACGAUCAUCACUGCCAUCGGUUUUUCCCUCUGGAAAACAACGGAUUAGCUUCAAUGCACAUAAAAAAGGGCGACGAGUUGUGGUGCAUGAAACACCAGGAUAGAUAUUACGAAGUGACCACUUGGACGCACCAGACAGUUUUACACAUGCUCAGACACUUGCCACUAGUGGAAGAAGACACGUUCACUCUGAUACUCCGAAGAGUCUCCAGCGAUGGUUCGUAUGACAUACUGGAGGUGAUCAUUAGUAAAGUUGUAACGGAUGAUGCAGGCGUUGUGAAGGAAUCCUACAAUGUUGUAGUGAACACAAUACAUUUUAUUUUGCAUCCCGUGGAUAUUCAAAAUAUCCAAUACGAGGGUGUGGAGCGGGUUUGGGUUCGUCAUGACGCACUAAGAGGCCAUUUUUUAACCAAGUCACAGUCAGGUUUACCGGUCAUGGAAGAUAACCCGGAUGUACUCAGCGGAGACAGCGAUAAUCCAUUUAUUUUCAAGCGAUACACAUUUACUGGUUUGAACAAGAAUGACAACGAGGUCUUCAUAGCAUGUCUUCAACAUGUUGAAUCCAACAGAUUUCUUACCAUCACCUUCAACAACAGACUUUCGUUUCAAGAGGACGAUGAAUUUUUUGUCAAGAAAAAGAAAAUCAUCAAACCUGAUCGGCGAUUCUUUUACGUGCAUCUACACAACAACUUAGUGUACCUGGAAUCAGUGAUUCUCAAAGACCUGACAGCUUCUCCUAUCUUUAUACUUCUCGUGUUGUCCACUCCACACCCCAGUCCUUGUCUACAACCAAUACUGACGGCUUCCGAGUCGGAGGGGGACAGUGCCUGUGAAGGUGACGGCUUUGCCUUGUCAGGCUGGUCGCUCGGCUGA